UUUUGUGAAAUCUACCCGUAAACCUAAUCAAAAUCAAAACUGAGAAGAAAACUCAGCCCGGUGGCGCCUCCUUCCUUAACCGAACCAAAGCUCUGCCAUCGUAAAUUUCCCGGCGGAGCGGAAGACGACGACUAGGAGUGGCGGCGUACGUGAAAAUGAAGAAGCUUGCAAGAAGUUUGAGGAAAUCUCGAGACGACGAUUUAUCUCUCCCGACUCAGGAUGAUCCGGACGAAUCUCGUCCCAUGGAUCCCCAAGAGCAAGAGGAGCUGGUUCGAUCCCUCGAACACGCGCAAGCUCAGCAAGCUCAGUUAUGGACGAGAGUGUUCUCUGCGAUCCUCGUUUGCUACGCUAUCUUCCUAGUCUACUCAAUCUACCAGCAAGCAACUUCCCCCUGGGAAUUGCGGUAUCACGCAUACUUCAUGGAAGAUAUCCCUUCAUGGAUGGUGAUUUCAGCAGACUGGUUAGCUGUUCUGGUAUGCUCCCUGGCCAUCGUUGGGAUACUGAACCGUAGAAGAAAAUGGAUUUGGUACUCCUGCUUUGCUGGGUUUGCGGUCGCUGUAUUUUGGUUCUAUUUUAUGUUAAGGCUGCCGAGAUUCAGGAUGGAUGUGAUAUGGCUUCCUCUAGGACCUCUUUGCGGAUCUUCUGUUUGCCUUUACGUUGAUCAUCUACUCGCCGAAUCAUCAGAAGAGGUGAAGAAACUCAGAAGCUACAUGUAUUCCUACAAAGCGACUUAGUUUCAAAGCUCUGCUAAGCUCCAUCACUAGCACUACCACUUCGUGGCCAACUAGCUCCUCUGUAGUCAGUUCCUAUCAGUCGAGGGAGUUGCAAUAGUGCUCUGCCAGUUGCGACGAGGAAGAAGCAAGUCGUUAUGUUACUCCACUCAGAAUGAAUGAUGGAAUCACCUUAAGAGCUCGUCAAGUUUAUGUUGACGGGGUGUCUCUUUGCUUGAUAUUGUAGCAGUGAAUUUACAAGAUUGCUUAAUCGUGAUGUAUAUUAUUAUCAGCGUUUUUUUUUGGGUAAAUGACACAUUUGGUCACUGAGAUUACUAAAUCGUGUCAUAUUUAGUCACUAGAAAAAUUUAAUAUCAA